GCACACUCCGUUUGCAUGACGGGCGCAUGCGUGAUACUCCAGAAGAAGGCGAAAGACGGGAGGAGUAUGAGAGAGACUCGGGACAGGGAAGUCCGAGUCAUCCCAACCAAAGCGGGGCUGACGUUUGUGACGCGCACGCGCGUCUAGAGAAACGGGCGGUUAGGCCGCGGAGGGUCCGGCGGCGGCGGAGCGGCAAUUAGGGCGCGCGUGCCAGCCAGGGCCGGCCUGUUUUUUCCAUUGUCCGCCGUGCACGGACCCGCCGCCAUCAUGCUGUGGUUCCCUGGCACCAUCCCGGCCGCCAUUGCUGCCGCGAAGCAGCGUGGCGCGGUGUUCGUGGUGUUCGUGACAGGGGAUGAUGAACAGUCCACAGAGAUGACUACCAGCUGGGAGGAUGAGAAAGUGACUGAGGCAGUGGCAGAUGGCUUUGUGGCUAUUAAAAUUGAUAUUGAAAGUGAAGCCUGCCUGCAGUUCUCACAAAUCUAUCCUGUAGUGUGUGUUCCAUCCAGUUUCUUUAUAGGAGACAAUGGAAUCCCUUUGGAAGUAAUUGCUGGCAGUGUUUCUGCAGAGGAACUUAUUACAAGAAUUAAUAAAGUCAAACAGAUGCACAUGUUAAAAAAUGAAGUAUUAGAAAGUCCUGCAUCAUGUUCAUCCUCUCUGUAUAAUGUCACAGAUGAUUCUGGAUCACAAACAUCUCAGCCUAUUGGAGCACAGCCUGAAAGCCUGCAUGUAUUUUCAGCUUCUGAAAUAAAUUCAGUCCAGACAAAUGAGCUUCCUGAGGAAAAUGACAGAAGAGCAGAACCACAGUCUCUAGAUGACCUCACUGCCAAAGUAGAAAGUUUUAUACAAAAUUCAGUCCAGACAAAUGAGCUUCCUGAGGAAAAUGACAGAAGAGCAGAACCACAGUCUCUAGAUGACCUCACUGCCAAAGUAGAAAGAGUUACAAAAAAACUUGAACAAAGACAAGAAGAGAAAAAGAAAGAAGAAGCACAGAAAGACAUCAAGAAAGAAGUUGAAAGAAGAAAAACUGGAAAAGAUAUGUUGGAAUACAAAAGAAAACAGGAAGAAGAACGGACAAAACGAAUUUUGGAAGAAAAGAACAGGGAAAAGGCUGAAGACAGAGCUGCUAGGGAACGUAUCAAACAGCAGAUUGCAUUGGAUCGUGCUGAAAGAGCCUCUCGUUAUGCAAAGGCUCAGGAAGAAGCAGAAGCUGCAAAAGCUGCUGCUCUCCAAGUACAACAGGCUGAAAUGGAAGCCAAGAAGGAAGCACUGCAGAUAGAGAGAAGUACUAUAGCGAGAAUUCAGUUCCGCCUCCCAGAUGGAUCAUCCAUUACUAAUAACUUCCCUGUAGACGCUCACUUGGAAGAGGCUCGACAGUUUGCUGCCCAGACAGUUGGCAACACGUAUGGUAAUUUCUCAUUGGCGACAAUGUUCCCCAGGAGGGAAUUUACCAAAGAUGAUUAUGGCAAAAAAUUAUCGGACUUAGAACUUGCCCCAAGCGCUUCAGUAGUAUUGUUGCCGGCAGGAAAAUCAACUACAGCAGUUGUGCAGGCUUCUGGUGGAGAUUUUUGGAAAUUUCUUGGCACAGUUCUUUACCCGUUGAUAGCGGUCUGGCGAUUUAUUAGCAACUUCUUGUUUAGCAACCCUCCUCCUUCCCAGACUUCAGAAAGACCUCAUCAGCAGGACCACUCAAAUCCUUCAUCUAGCACUACAGAGUCAAGCAGGCAAGUUGUCAGGAAACGAGUACUGGAAAAGCGGGGUGAAGAAUUCAAAAAAGAAGGCAAAAUCUAUAGACUGAGAACUCAAGAUGAUGGUGAAGAUGAUAACAAUACUUGGAAUGGAAAUUCAACUCAACAAAUGUAGUUUUACAAGUAAACAGUGCAUAGUAAUCAUUGAGGUUUUCUUUUCCCCUUAUUUGAUUUAAUUCCGUUAAACCUUCUGCUGCGCAAGUGGGCUUCUCUGGUGUGCUGCCUGAGCUCUACCUUAUUCCUACCAUGGCACAUGCAAGGUGUUAAUCCAAGAGUAAAGCUGGAUACGUGAAUGUAACUACUGCCAAAGG